AUGUUACUUGGUUCCAGAGAUAAUAAAACAUGGACGUCCAUUGACAUGAAGGUCGAUACAUUACCAAUUCCAAAUGCUGAUGUAUGGGUCCAGUCAAGUGAGAGGACAGUAGCUACAGAUACCCGUGUAGCGACCGUAACAAUGAUGUCUUCAGAUGACGACGUUUUCCCGGAGCUCUACAGCACAAGUGAGUCUAAGCAGAAUGAUGAUACAACAUUGAAGCUCCGGCCAGGAUAUGCAAGUGUUGUUGUUUUAUUCAAAAGUUUAUGGGAUGCGAUCACAGACCCGGGAGUUGGCAUUUUAGUUGACAGAUUCGAUUCAAGAUUUGGAAAAAUUAAACCAUGGCUGGUCAUAUCGACGCCGUUUGCUAUGGUCAGUUAUUUCCUGUUGUGGUGUGUCCCUGACAUCGGUGACGUGGGGAAACUUGUGUACUACCUAUUCUUCAUGUGUUCCGUGCAGACAUGUUUGACUUGUUUUCACUUGCCAUACGCUGCAAUGACGAUGUACCUAAGUAACGACCAGGCUGAUAGAGAUUCGGCUACAGCCUAUCGAAUGACGUGCGAAAUGUUAGGAAUUAUGCUCGGGGUUAUCAUCCAAGCACAAUUCAUGACGAUUGGUAUGAAUCAAAAGAAUAGCGUGAAUCCCUGUGCUGCCCUAAAUGAUGUCAUACCAGAUAAUAUGACCAGUAUAAUGGAUUAUGGAAAUAGCACAUUUACCCCAACAAGAUUUGAAAGUACUUUAUCACCGGCAACAGAAGAUAAAGAUCCUAUGAAACUGGCUUUCAUAUUCGCCGCCCUCACUGUUGACGUGGUAUUUCUCAUUUGCUGUAUAGUGGUGACGCUAGGCACUAAAGAAAAGCAGGAUGAUGCAGUGAAAAAUAUUCCGGGUGAACAUAAUUUCUUUAAGGAUCUGAAGACCGUCCUUUCCCAUGGACCGUAUGUUAAAUUGUUGAUGUGUUUCAUGUGUGCAUUGUUGGCGUUACAGGGAGCAGCAUGCUUUAGUAUCCCGGUCUGGCAAAUGGUUUCCACCCGAUUCGGAAAGAAAACGACAUUAGCAAUUACUCUCGGUACACAAAUUCCCUUAUAUGCAUCAUUUUCGCUGUUACCCGGAACACCGUUUGUAAUAUUUCCAGUCUGUGUUUUAUUUGGUCUCGGUGCAGCCGUCAUGAUCUUACUUCCUUGGUCAAUGAUUCCUGACGUCAUAGAUGAUUUCACCAUAAAAACAGGGAUGCGAAAGGAAGGACUAUUUUAUUCCUUUUAUGUGUUCUUCACUAAGUUUGCCGUAGGAAUGGCUCUAGGCAUGUCAACGCUCGCCUUGGAGUUCACUGGAUAUGAAGCCGGUGCUUGUGUACAGCCGCGUGCAGUAGGUGUGACAUUAAGAGUACUUGUAUCAGCACCGCCAACAGUAUUUCUGGUAUUGGGUCUAUUUUGUUUAUGGCGCUACCCAAUAACCGAAAAAUCGAGAGCAGAAACCAGAUCCCAGCUACAAAAAAUUAGGGAAAGAAACAGGUCGACUCAAUCUCAAACACCUAUGCUUGAUGAGGAGAAAUUGUCAGUGGGGGAUGACAAUGAAUACUCAUUUUAUUUAUUCCGGCAAAGUUACUACUCAAAUGGAUCUGUAGAGGUAUUAUCCAGUCUGUGA